AUGAAACAACAUAUUGCUCAUGUGAAAGGAAAUGUAGCUCCAUGUCAAAAGUCUACCAAAGAUGAUCAGUUGAGAUGUCGAGAUGCUAUCAAUGAAGGAAAGUUAAAAAAGAAGGGAAAACAAGCACAUGAUGAAGCGUUAAGAUCGGAGGUGAGAUUUGAUACUAAUGAAAACAUUAGUAUAGACACGGAUGAAAUAGAGAAUAAUUUUGGGAGCUUGAGGGAACCAUAUGUUAUAGGCCCGAUGGAUAACUUUGCAAACAGAUUAAACCCCGAAGAAUCUUUGAAGUCGGGAAAAGGCAAAAAAGUUGAUAUUAACAAUGCUAUUCGAAAAGAAAGAAUAUCAACUGUGAAAAGUUUCAUUGAUGGAGUUGGCAUAGUUGGUGAUGGUCAAGGAACCGAUGAACUCGGACAAAGUUCAAGAACAAGAGAACUUUUAGAUGAAGAUUUUGCGUCAGGUAGUGAGGAGGAAGUAUUUGAAGAAGUUGAUUAUGAAUCGGAUGGAGUUCACAUCAUGGAAGAAUGCGGAGAUAAAGAGUAG